AUGGCCGGGUCGCCUGAAACUGCGGAGCCAGAUCCUCAGCCUGGAGGUGGAGGGCAUUACAGACGUGCCGCGCAGGACGGAAAGUCUAAAACCGCCUAUGAUCGACGGCGCGAGCAAGUGCGACGAGCUCAAAAGAAGCAUAGGGAACGACAUGAGAAUCGGUGCCGGGCCCUUGAAGAUGAGCUUCAUCGGCUUUAUGGUUUACUCGCUGAAGCGGACGAGCUCCAGGGGCUUCGUUAUGAAAAUGAAGUCCUUCGGGACAUUAUGAUCCGCCAUUCAAUCCCAUUGCCCGUCGGCAUGAAGCCACAAAGGCCUUCGUUGGCCGAGGUGACGUUUUUUACCGAUGAUGGCCAUCAUCAGUUCCUGCAAGUGAAAAUGCCCGAGUAUGACCAUGGAUCGUCCCACACUGCUUCACAACCGUGUGCCAAUGGACAUGAACUUGCGUAUCCGGAUAUGCAUGCUCCAUUGGGGCGAUUGGGUAAUCCUCAACUCCAAAUGGGUCAAGCAAGUGACGAAUCCAGCUACGCCCACACGCCCAACUUCAUACAAAUGGGCGUUGACUUUGUUCUAUCUCUGGAACGACCUUGCCUGUUUCACACUCGCGCUCCAGAUACCGAUGAACCGUCCGGCCAUGCAAUGUCCAUGCAAGGAAUGCUCCUUGCCAGAGCCCCGGAAGACCUACACGAUCAGACUGCAUGGGAGGUUCCUGCCCAACAGUUGGCUAAGCUAUUUGAACUUUCUGGGUCGCUGGGUCUGGAGGGAUACAUCACGCCUGUGCAGGCGUGGAACCGGAUCAAUUCCCGCUUGGGAUUUCCCCACCUGCCGCUUGAGAAGCUGGAGGCCUUGAGGUGUGCAAUGGUUCCGUAUGUCAAAUGUUAUGGGUUUGGUGCACUUAUAGAAGAACAGAUCUUCGAAGACCUGCUGGAAGAGGCUUGCAAGUAA